AUGGGUAUGCCUUCUCAUGUCAAGCAAAGUAUUAAGCAAGCUCAACUGGUACUCGAAUCAUUGAAACAGGAUCAUGAACAAGCUUUAUCUGCCUUAAGUACAUUUUGUAACUCAGAAAAUAGUCAUUCAUCACCAAAUAUUAACACAAGUCUAGAAUGUGAGAAAGUCUUUAAUCAAGAGAAAAUUCCAAUAAUUCAAGCUGCACUAAAACAAAUCGAAAAGGGAUUAGACGACUCAGAGGUUAUGAUUACAUUUGCCAAAUAUAUCGAACAUUUGGAAGCUGAGCUGUUGAAGGUACAGUUGCACAACCAAAGGUUAACUGAAGAAACUUGUUGGCUUCGAGAUGAGCUAAAGUACACACAAACAAAACUGGAGGAAAACGAAUCGCUCCUUGCUCAAACUGAAGUCGAAAAAAAACAUCUUGAGUUUAUGUUGGAUUUAAAGAAAUAUGACAUAUCUUCCAACAGUUGUGAUACUGAAAAAAAUCCAUCUUUUAAACAUUUGGAAGAUGAUCCGCCGAUGAUGGUUGCAUCUGUUCUCGGCCUAAUGAGUUCUCCAAACCAUUUGAACACAUCUAAUCAUGUAGAUCGAUUCGAUACACACAACAAAUUUUGGAAACCGACUACAACAACAACUACCACUGUUUCAUCAUUUUCACCAUACAACCACUUAGAAAUGAGCGGAAUAAUGAAUACCAGUUUACUUGAUGCGGAUAUGGACUCACUGUCAGUAAAUCGAAGUCGCAAUCCAAGUGAAUUCCAUGGUUUAAGUGGACAUCGGAAUUCCCAGUCAAUUUAUGUUCCUCCUGGGCUUAGAACACUACAUCACAUAGCCUUACGUUAUACAAGUCAGGGAAAGCAUGAUGUUGCAGCAUCUUUAUGUUUACAAGCUAUUCGAGAUUUAGAAGGAUCUGGUGGUCGUGACCAAGCUGAGGUUGCUGCUCUACUGAAUAUCUUAGCUUUGGUUUACCGUGAUCAAGGAAAAUACAAGGACGCAUCUGAUAUUCUCAAAGAAGUAAUUAACAUACGAGAGAAACUUUUGGGACCUAACCAUGUGCUGGUAGCAGCUGCUUUAAACAAUUUGGCAGUUUUACAUGCUAAAGCUGGUCGAUUUACUGAAGCGGAACCGUUGUGUCGGCGGGCGCUUAGUAUACGAGAAAAAUUAUUAGGUGCAGAUCAUUUGGAUGUAGCAAAACAAUUGAACAAUUUGGCCUUACUUUGUCAAAGUCAAGGGAAAUUCGAUGAAGUUGAAUCUGCAUUUCGACGAGCCUUAGAUAUAUAUGUCAAACAUCAUAAGCCCUCAUCACCUAUCAUACGAAAAGCCAAAAGCAAUUUGGCUUCUGCAUUAUUGAAACGUCGAAAUUUAGCAGAUGCAGAAUCUCUAUUAAAAUCAGUUUUAACACCAGACUAUGGUUAUACUUCAACACAGCAAAGAAGUCAUUUAAUGAAUAAUUUUUUACAGUCGGAAAAUGUUGAACAUGAUUCUGCUAUUUAUUCAUUAUCUUCACUAGGUAGUAGUCAUAUAAGUAGUAUUAGUAGUAAUGGUGGUUAUCGUGGUGUUGGAUCUUUGUUGGAUGGUGGUGUUGUUUUACCAUGUGAUUCUACUGAACAAUCUAUGAUAAUGAAUUCAUCUAGUCGACCAGUUAAUCCAUUAUGGGUAAUAUUAGAACAAAGUAUCAAAGAUAAUAAUAAUCGAAAAUUUUCACUUGUUACAUGGGCUUCGGAAGCCAGAAUCGAACUAUCUGUGGUUCAUAGUGCAGUACGUAAUUUAGCUAUAGUUUAUCAACGUCAAGGUCUACAAUCUCAUGCUAACUUAUUGCUAGAGUGGCUUCAAAUGGCAAUUACUGAUUGUAGACCACGUUUAAAUCAUACGUCUUCAUUGGCCAGUUCACCGAUAAAAUGCACACAAUCAGUCCAUGGUAUCAACUCACAUGUAUUCAAUAGCUAA